AUGCCGGUGGCUGCAAAAGUGGCUGAAAACACUUGAGAGAAUUCUACGAGCUACCACUAUGUAUUGUCUACAGCCGCCUCAGGAAACAACUUGUUUUUACUGUCCCAACUGCAUGGUUUUGCUCCCAAAAAUUGAGGGAGUUGUACAUACGGAUGCGUUUACGUCGAUCGCGAAGUUCGUACGUGCGCCGCCACAACGUCCAUCUUCGAGUACCCAGUCGAGUUCUGUAAAUUUAAGAGAGCGUGGGCUUGAGGACAUCGUGCGGAAGAUGAAUUGCAGGUCAAAGCGUGCAUUCGAAUGCCGUAUGAGAUGGUAUGGGUCGCUGAGGCCGAGGAAGUGGCAAACAUUCGAUGUAUGAGUGCCGACAUGCAGGGUGGCCGUCAAUGCAAUCAUGACGGGUGUUUGGGGUAGGCGCAUAUGAAUAUCGCUG